CGUACCGGCGCGGCGCGUCGCGGUCGUGCGUCAUUCACAGUGCGCGCGGCGCGGCGUACGGGCUUGCGAUUGUCUGUGCGUGAAAAGUGCGCGGCGAAUACAAUAAGUACGCGUUAUCAACGGGACGCGCUCGGAUCUGGUGACAUGUGACAACUCUCGAUGGACGUGAAACGACGCGGUUUACGAUGGUCCACCCGUAAAACUGACCAGCAGCUCUAUUUUCUACGGAGGUCACUUCCGGAGAACAUGAGGCAGCCGUAGAGAAACAAACAAUUUAUAUUUUACGGGAAUCGAACGGGGAAGCGUUCCGUGAUGUGGAACGGUGACACGCAGGUAUCGGACCCCCUCGAUCUUGUUCCCUGCUCGACGAUCGUAAAUGAGGAAAAAAGAUUCUAAGCGCGAACCAUGCGUCACGCUUCACUUUGCACAAAGCCGUCCGGGAUGCAGCCGAUCGAGCCGAUCGUCGCGAUGGAGAACCAAGGUUUCGAGGAGGAGAGCCAUCCGCGAAGCCCAGAUUCCGUGUUCUCGUUCCACUCGAACCCGGACGGCCACGUGUACGAAGACAUUUUGCCCGCGGUGGAGCAACUGCCGAAGCGUUGCCAGAAUUCUCGAGGAUCCAGCGCUAUUCACGCGGCCCGACCGUUGAACGCGAUCGAUUACGUUUCCGAGAGCGCUGUGACGAAAUCCGUGGAAGAGGCCGUCGGUGAUUUUCGACGAAAUCUGACGCUGCCGCUUCGUCGUGGUUCCGGCCACGACCCGUUCACCGCCAGCUCCUCCGUUCGUCUAACGAACCGGAAGAGCGUCGACGGAAAUGCGGAAGACGUCGUCGACGAUGGUCUCUCCUUCCGAGCGACGUCGGCGGAAUGCAAGCCAACCAGGAGGCGCAAGAAGAAAGACUGUAAGCACUGCAGAAGCAAACUCGUUGGCAACGUCGAACAGAACGUCGAAGGGGAAGACGAAACCGUCCUCAGGAACGACCAGAGUACGUUCGACGAUCCCCGAACCGUUCUCCACCCACGAAACUUCGCUACGCGUUCGGCGAUUGGAAACUCGGAGACGCCUGCCACGGGAAACGACUCGAUCUUAACGAUCUCCGAGAAAAUCGCCGGUUCACCGGCGAGCACGAUGAAGCUGAUAGACAGACAAAGAAAUGGAAGUGUGAGCCGUCUCAAUUCGACGGAGGCGAAGGAAUCGUCGGAGAAGAGGGCCGGUAUGAGGGUGAACUCUAUUUACUCGCAGGAUCGUUGGUAUACCAAAGAGCCAGCGAUAUUCGCCGUUGACGUCAAGGAACACAGUCCGUUUCAGAGGGCUUAUUCCCUCCCGGUACGAACGCAAACCCCGUCCUCCCAAAAUCGUAUAAACCUGCGGCGGAGCGUUCGAGGGGAGCCACCCCCUUAUCCGGCCAGACUACGAAAACACAGGCGCGGAUGGACCCUUCAGCUGGCGGAUCAACAGACACCUAGCUGUUCCAGACCCCUCGUUUUCCUUCUGAUCGCGUUGGUGGUGCUCCUGGUGAUCGGAGGCGUCGCUUUAUAUUUCGUUUUUGUACCCGAGAAAUUGCACAUCCUUCAUCUGUACCUGAAGUCGAACGACUCGUCGUCGGACGAUAACGCGACGGAGACGAUCCUCAGUCAGUGGAACGAAACGACGACGUCGAGUACCACUCUUGCCACGAGCAUUUUCUUGAACAGCGAGCAGUCGUUUCCGGAGAACGGCUCUACGCCUACGCCGGAAACGGAAGUGACGAGCCUCAACUCCACCAGGUACUGCGACGACUGUCUACAAGAAGAAGUCUGCGUCGCUCUGGUAGACGAGGAGGUGCCGAUUUGCAGAAUCCCUUCCGAUCUCCAAGAUCCAACAGGAUGCGCUGGCUUUUGUCUUAUCAGCAAACAAAAGUGUCACCGGCUCGAUGUUGACGCGUUCAGGUGUGUCGAGGUCGAGCACUGCGAGGACAACGAAUGGACCUGCCUGAACGCAAUGUGCAUCCCCGUAGAGAAACGUUGCGACGGGCAUAUGAACUGCUAUGACCAUUCGGACGAAUACAAUUGCUCCUGCGAUCCUCAGACGCAUUUUCAUUGCGGUAACGAGACUUCCUGCCUGCCAUUGGAGAAGAGAUGCGACGGCAACAUAGAUUGCUGGGACGCCAUCGACGAGAUAAAUUGCACCGUAGGUCAUAAUCUCGGUGGGUCGUGUCCAUCGGAGAACGAGUUCACGUGCAGCGACGGCCAAUGCAUACUGAAGGCCCGCUUCUGCGACGGCUUCCAGGACUGCGACGACGGUUCCGACGAGCCACACGGCUGUAAAGGGCGAUGCAACAAAGACGAGUUCACAUGCCUAAACAGUAGAUGCAUUACGAAGGGAAUGAAGUGCAACGGAGUCGACGAUUGCGGCGAUGGGAGCGACGAGAGGUACUGCAAACACCGGUUCUCUUAAUUUAAUAGUUUCUCGCCUUGAGAUCAUGGGUUUACAGUAUUUUUAUUACCGAUAAGUGUAACCGAACGUUGUACAUAACUGCGCUGUAUCGGAGAUGCAGUGGUGUGUAAUAAAGAAUUCGGAAGCUGAACGAGACUUAAACGAGA